ACUCCAAUUUUUAACAUAAAAAGGGGCUGAUUUUCCUGGGUGAAAAUCAGGAGCAGCACGGAAAUAUUGUGAAAAACUGCAUUUUUUGGAAUUUAAAAGAAAUAAAUUUGUUGAUAAUUUUUCAUGAUUUUGUCCGUUUUAUUUUCCAAAGAAAGGGGCAAUCAACCUAUUUAUCAAUUGACGGCUUUCAAUAUUCAUUUUUUACUUGAAUGCAAUUUUCUCAGAGUCGUUCGCUAUCAAAAGAAGAGCUCUUGCUGCCCCUUCUAUUUGAAAUUAUAAUCCAACACAUUCCAAUCACAUCUUCUUCCACCAGAAUUUCAGGUCCCAUUGGCAAUAAUCUUCAUGGGCUUCAAUCAACAACUAAGAAGAAGCUGUAAAGAUGGCGUAUUCUGUUCCCUUUUCUGCUAUAUCGAGAACGCACGAAAUCCAAGCGCAUUUUCUUACUCUUUGUUAAUGUUACCAUCUUCUUGCUAGCUGCAUGAACAAGAAUGCCAGAAACGACCUCGAAGCCGCAUUCGCACAGUUCACAAUAGAGUACAGAUUGUUUGUGAAAAUUUGUAUAUAUAUCUACAUUUUCCCAUGCUUGCUGCGUUUAUGUUUUUUUGGCCUCUUUAGUUACUCAUCAUUCUGUGAGUCAGUGAAGACUGUGAGGAUCAAGUCAACCCACUAAUCUCUUUACACUUUAAGCAGGUUAGAGCCAGCAUGGUGGCUGACUUGAGAAUGGGUAGAGCUGCAUCAUGGUACUAUCUCUAUGGUCAAGGUGGUGCUCAGAGGAACGCAAUCUUUGAGGGAAAAAUUAAGGUGCUUGUACAAACAGGCAUGCCAUUAGGCAUUACAUAUGUGUGCCAAAUGCUGAGAACAAUGCAUUUACCUAUAUGGUAUAUUCUCUUCUUGAAUUGCUUUAAUUUGCAUCCCCCAUGUGUUUCAACAAGAAUAUUGGCAUUAAUCCAAUCUCUAUGAUUAAAAAUUUCCCAGAUGUAUAUUCUAAAAACAUCCUUAGCCAGGUGUGUUUUUCAUAAAAUUCUACAAAACCAAACACUAAAUUGAAUUUAUUGAAACAAUGUGGUAAGAAACUACGCGGAUAUAUUCGUCCUCAGUUCAGUAUGGAAUCUGGGAUAUAGCAUACCAGAAUUUUGUUUCUGGUAAGAUAUAUCGAAAAGUUGAAAUUGAUUUUGCUAGUCUUCGGGGUAGAAUCAUCUUGAAAGCUGUCUUAAGAAACAGAUGCUUGUGGGCAAUCAAUUGUGUUGCAAUCGCUGAUAAGUACUUAUGACUGACUACGUGAUUUGCUUUCUAUUACUGAUAGCAUUGGAUCCAGUUUUUUGGAUGUUAUCCAAUCUCUAUGGGCUUACUACCUUGCAUACAUCUGAAGCUUGAAAGAAGUUGGAACAAGUUCAUUAAGGGCUCUCCUUUUUCAGUUUCAAGGUCUGUCAGUAUAAGUGUUUAUAUGUUUCCAACUUCCUCUAUACUAGGAAAUGAAGAUGAAUUGACAUAUAAUGAAAGCAUGUGCGCAAACAAUCAUUGGCAACAAUGAAUAUCAAUUCAUGGAAGGUAGAAGUUUGAACAAUAAUCAGGAAAGGCUUGACAAAAUAUGAACACUAGAAAUCAGCGAUUAGAGCUAAUUGGAGUCAAGUUCAAAUACACAUGCUUUAACAUAUCAAUUAUGUUGAGAAAGAAAAUAUAGAACACAGAACUUGAAUAUAUAUGUGUAAACAUUUUUUCUUGUGUAGGUUUUUAUAAAGGAAAUUCCAUUUUUCCUACUUUGUUUUGACUCAAAGCAUACUGCUCCCUUUCAAGACUCUCUAUACAUUGGAAUCAACUGAGAUCUUUUAGGGUGCAAAUCAAAUAAAUACAGUAGUUGCAGCAGGAAAUUUGAUUGCUACAAUGCAUUGAUGAAAAUAAUAAGAGAAAAUCCUGUGUGAAAUACUAGCGAGAGUGGUUGACCUUAGUUGUCAUAAUCCCAAACAAAUGACAGUGCGCAAGAUUACAACAGAUUACAAGUAUCUUUUGUACGCAUUCAAAGAACUUUCCCUAUAAAAGAAUGUAACGCUCAAACCCCCGGAGCGUACUUCUUUCUCCUCUCUGUAUUCGGUGCAUGAUAUAGAAGAACCAAAAUCGGAGCAAGCUAUCAUGUCUUCAUCCAAUUCAGUCUCAGAUGGUGAUAAAGAUCAGCCUCAACAAGCAAAGAAGAAGAUAAAGGCAAACAACUUUUACUGUUUUGUCAAUAACGGGACGGGAAAUCAAUUGAUUAACGUUCCGUCACCAGCAAAUUCGCCAUUUAUCUUCACCAGUUCGCCAGCCAUUCGACCCGUGACAGCUCAUAUUCUAAGGCCUCGCGCAACCCCAGGUCCAUUAGGUCCAGAGCUUCAACAGCGAAUUACAUCGCAGAACCAAGCGAACCAGCUGCGGCCACGUCUGCAGCAAUUACAACAACUAGCUCUGUUGCCACAGCAACAUCAGCAACCUGCACAGCAAGUGCAACAACAGCAGGUAUCACAGGAUGAGAAUCUGAAAAUAUUAAAGACAGGUGUUUCUUCAGAAGAAGAAGCAAUUGAUGUUGGUCCUGGUGUGAAUACUAUAAAGGGCCCAGUCGAGAUAGAGAUCUCAUUCAACAACUUCCCUUAUUACUUAAGCAACAGGACAAAGCAUUAUCUCAUUGCAUCUUACUUCAUACACAUGAAGCAUAAAGUACAAACAAAUAAGCGAAAGCUUCAACAUGUAAGGCACAGAGUUAUACUGUCUGGUCCUGCAGGUUCUGAGAUCUAUCAGGAGACAUUAGCUAUGGCACUUGCUAACCACUAUGGAGUCAAACUUCUUGUGCUUGAUUGCCACAGGAAUCUUAGUGCUUUAUCUAGUUUUGGACAGCCUUUGUCUGAUGAUGUUUUGAAAUUUCACCUGUACCCUGCGCUACUUAAACAUCUUAGAAGUGCCAAGUAUCAAUCAAGGAGUAUGAAUGGGCCAAGCUUCUCCAAUGCAACUUCAGAGUUGUCGGUAUCUCAGACGGCUCUGCCUCCACUAUAUGAGAAAUCUCAAAAUCAAACAGUUGAGAUAGGUAACAGAGUUAUAUUCACAGGACUAAAAUAUGGGAGUGUCUCCACAAAUAUUGCUUCCAGGGGCCCUUCUUUCGGAAACCGUGGAAGAGUCCUGGUGGUUGUGAAUCACAACUCAAAAGCAAUAGGUGUGAGGUUCGAUGUGCCUAUUCCAGAGGGGAAUGACCUUGGAGGUCUAUGUGAAGCACGUCAUGGGUUCUUCUGUGAUGGCAAUGAAAUUUGUCUUGAUGUGGAGGAUCAAGUUAAGCCUAUCUUUAACCCAUUUAAGGGCUUUUGUGCUGAGAGCAGAUUAAUUGUGUAUAUGAAACAUGCCGAAAAUUGCCUCACACAAAAUUUGGAAGCUUAUGAGGGAAUCAAUUCUUUGAUCAACAAGCUUCCUGACAGUGUUUUUGUGAUUGGAUCACAUAUUCAAAGAGACUGCAUUGGGCAGAAGGAGAACUCCAUUGGGAGAAAAGAAAACGAGCAGAAGCAUCCGGACCCAUCAAAGUUGUUGUUAAACAUUUUCCCAGACAAGAUUAGUAUUGAAAUGCCAGAGGACCAAAAACUCUUUGAGGAGCUGAAAUGCAUGCUAAAUAGAGAUGCUGAACUUCUGAAAGUCAGAGAGAAUAUUGCACGACUUCACCAUGUUCUAGUUCAGCAUGAGCUGGAAUGUAAAGAUAUUGAGACAUUACAUGUGACAGACCAAAAGCUUACGGAUGAGAAUGCAGAAAAGGUGGUCAAGUGGGCUCUUGGCCAUGACCUAAUGGCCCAUCCCCAAAAUUACAGCAACGUGAAGCUUGUUAUAUCUAAAGAAAGUAUUUUAUACGGAUUGGAGAAUUUACGGGCGGUGCAAGCUCGGAAGAACUCUCCGAAGGACAUUGCAACUGACAAUGACUUUGAGAAAAGGAUCUUGGAAGACGCAAUUCUUAAUAACCAGAUUGGGGUAAAGUUUGAUGAUAUUGGAGCACUUGAUAAAAUCAAGGAUGCAAUGAAGGAGGUUGUGAUUCUUCCUUUACAAAGGCCUGAAUUAUUCUGCAAGGGGCAGCUCAGGAAGCCUUGCAGGGGUAUACUUUUAUUUGGUCCUCCAGGUACAGGGAAAACUAUGCUUGCCAAGGCUGUAGCUGCUGAAGCUGGUGCAAAUCUUCUUAAUAUCUCAACAGCCAGCAUUACUUCAAAGUGGUAUGGAGAUUCUGAGAAAUUUGUUAAGGCGAUAUUUUCUUUAGCCAGUAAACUUGCUCCUAGUGUUGUGUUCAUUGACGAGGUUGACAGCCUUCUCGGGAAAAGAAGAGAACUAGAGCAUGAAAUAACGCGCAAGGUGAAAAAUGAAUUCAUGCUCAAUUGGGAUGGCUUGCACACAAAGGAAAUGGAAAGGGUUUUCGUUCUUGCUGCCACAAACAGGCCUUUUGACCUUGAUGAGGCAGUACUAAGAAGAAUGCCCCGAAGAUUCAUGGUACAUUUGCCUGACUUUCCAAACAGAUCUAAGAUAUUAAAAGUGAUACUGGCAAAGGAAGACUUGUCGCGCGAUGUUGAUUUCAAUGCAAUCGCUCACAUGACAGAUGGAUUUUCUGGCAGUGAUCUUAAGAACCUAUGCAGAGCUGCUGCUUAUCGCCCUGUGAGAGAAAUACUGGAGACAGAUAAGCAAAAAUCUCCUCAAGGGGCAGAUAAAAAGCAAGGAGAAAUUCGGCCACUGAAAAUGGAGGACUUCAAACAUGCCUGUGAUCAGAUUCGUGCGAGCGUGUCCAAUGAAUCAAGAAGCGUGGGGGAGAUGCUGCGGUGGAACGAGCUGCACGGGGAAGGUGGUUCCAAGAGGAAUGCAACUCUCAGCUAUUACAUCUGACCAAAACAAAA